AGCGUUGGUGUUGUAUUGCCCUGCCUUGAAUUGUAGGUGUGUUUUCAUUCGUCGGGGUGACAGACGUAAGGUUAUAGAGGGAUUUCGCCUGCGCAUUGCGAAGUUGUUGCAGGUGGAGGGUGAUGACCAGUUUCCAGAAGUGUGGAGAUCAUGCUCCAAGAGUUAUGGGAACCAAACCAUCACUGCAUUCUGGUCAGACCAUAAUAUCAUGCGGAAUACCAUCUCUGGACCACAUUAUGGAUGGAGGCAUCCCACUGGGGUCCCUUGUGGUAAUUGAGGAGGAUCGGUUCGGUGACUACGCCCGCCUCCUGCUCAGCUACUUCAUGUCCGAGGGUGUGUGCAACCGGCACCCGCUGCUCGUCUCCAGCCUGGACGCCGACCCCAGGAGCAUGACGCUGGAGCUGCCGUCGCCGACGGACCCCACGGUGGCCGCCAGCCUGCCGUCCGCCAGCCCGGCCGACCAGAGGAUGACCAUCGCCUGGCGGUACCAGGGCCUGCCGCAGGGGGCACCACCCGCCGCCGGCAGAUUCGGCCAGCACUACGACCACCUGAGCCAGUUCAUCGAUCAGUCGGUUAUCGAAGCCUCCGACAUCACCACGUGUCCAGACCACGGCCCGCCGGCGGACGGACCACCGGAGCCGGACCUCCUGGCCUCUCUCCUGGCCGCCUGCGAGCGGCUCGCCCGCCAAGCGGGGGAGGCCGACGCCACCGUGCGGCGCGUGGCCCUGCUGCUGCGGCUGCUGCUGCGGAGCACGGCCGCCGUCGCCAUGGUGACCGUGCCGACGCAUCUCUGGACGGACGAGGCCAGCGUGAGCCGGCUCCGCCAGGCGGCCGACAUCAGCCUCGGCCUGGAGUCGUUCCAGGGUACGCCGGCCGCCGCCAGCCCCGCCUACAGCGACUACCACGGACUGCUGCGGCUGCACCGGCUCAGCGCCCGCAACGUGCUGGCCGCCCGCUACCACCCGCGCUCCGCUGACCUCGCCUUCAAGGUCCGACGGAAAAAGUUCUCCGUCGAGACCUUGCACCUGCCUCCCGAGCUGUCCGAGACGGCGAGCCGGGCGCAGGAGGAGGGCCCCGGCCGGCCGGGCGCCGGCUGCCAGUCCGGCCGGCCCGGCGGACCGCUCGACUUCUGAUCCGGCCUGCUGAGCUGUCCGAGGCGACGAGCCGGGCGCAGGAGGAGGGCCCCGAGCGCCGGCUGCCAGUCCGGCCGGCCCGGCGGACCGCUCGACUUCUGAUCCGCCCUGCUGAGCUCCGCCAGGGACGGCCCCACCUCCAGGGUG